CUUGUCCCCUCGCCUGUAAAUUUAUUUAUUUUUUCAUAUUUUUUUUUCUUUUUUCUUUUCUGACUUCGGCAUUAAACACUGCAGCUGUAAUACAAUCCGAAAGCUUCCACUCUCACCAAAAUCUCGGACGAUAUAUCGCCAGCAUUUCCUUUCCCCCCUAGAAAUUAAUCUUUUCUCAAUCUCUGAUCAGUGCAAGAACAAUAAUAAGAAGAAGAAGAUAGCAUUAGCGAAAUUGACUCUACCGAAAUCGAAGAGAUAUUAUAUUAACUUCAUAUAUGUUGUCGGCUGAAAUUUUGGGUAUCUGAUUGGCUCCGGUGAAAUUCAUUUUGUGGCGCAUUGAUAAGCUUUUUAUCAACCUCACUAUCUUUUGCUUUGUUUUUGCUUCAUCACCCAUUUUCAGAUAUGUCGUCUAAACUGUAAAGCUGAGUAAGUAACUCAAAAGUAUUUGCCCACUUGGGUGGUUCAUAGUUGAGGAGGGUAUAAACGACAUUUUCAUUUUGGGGUAGAAUCGUAAAACCAAGAUAAAGAAUAAAGAUGUUUACAUGCAUAGCAUGUACGAAGCCAGACGAUGAAGACGAAGGUGGAGCGCGUGGCAGCGGAACCCCAAGUACUAAAGAAGCCGUCAAAAGCCUGACGGCGCAGAUAAAGGAUAUGGCAUUGAAAGUAUCUGGAGCUUAUAAGCAGUGCAAACCCUGCACAGGUGGGACAAGUAGCAACUACAGAAAGGGACAGAGGCCUUAUCCUGACUUUGAUGCUGCUUCAGAAGGUGUUCCAUACCCCUAUGCUGGUGGUGCGAGCUCAAGUUCAACACCUGCAUGGGAUUUUACGUCUAGUCAUCAUCCUGGUGGAAGAUCAGACUCAAGAUUUACCGGGCUAAUGAGUGGUGACCAGACUCCUAGAGGAGUGUCUGUGUCAGCGCAGUCUUGUGAUGUGGUGUUAGAGGAUGAGGAAGAGCCCAAGGAGUGGAUGGCGCAGGUGGAGCCAGGCGUGCAUAUUACUUUUGUGUCUCUUCCCAAUGGGGGAAAUGAUCUAAAACGAAUUCGUUUCAGCCGAGAGAUGUUUGACAAGUGGCAAGCUCAGAGGUGGUGGGGUGAGAACUAUGACAGAAUCAUGGAGCUCUACAAUGUCCAGAGAUUUAAUCGGCAAGCUCUUCAGACUCCUUGUAGGUCGGAGGAUGGGAGAGAUUCUUCUUAUUCAAGGAUGGGGUCUGUUAUGGAAAGCCCGUCAAUGAAUAAAGACUGGACUCCAAGAAGCCAUUAUAAACCCCCUGGAAAUAGAUAUUUCCCUCCUGACUCUUAUGAUCAUGGUGGUGGUGGUCCUCACUACAAUGCUAGUUCAAGUGGUUAUGUUAUAGGUGGCCACAAAGGUGAGACAUCAUCUUUUGAUGCCUCGAGGACAACAACCUCAUCUCGAGAUGAGGCUUCAGUUUCAGUGAGCAAUGCCAGUGACCUGGAGACUGAAUGGAUUGAACAAGAUGAACCUGGCGUGUACAUUACUAUUAGACAGCUAGCCGAUGGCACUAGGGAGCUGCGGCGUGUCAGAUUUAGUCGGGAAAAGUUUGGGGAGGUCCACGCGAAGUUAUGGUGGGAGGCCAACAGAGAAAGAAUACAAGCUCAAUACCUUUAAAUUUUUGUGACACAACCAAGAGUUGAGGAGGAGGAUGAUUAGAAAGUAAAAGAGCUAAGAAGCAUAUGGAUGACUCAAAACGCCAAUAUUCCACUGAGAAGGAAACUGGCUAAAUCCCCUCGCCUCUUAUACAAAGCUGAAAUGACAUUCUUUGAUCUAACACUACUACUACUACACAAGUAAUGGGUUUCUUCUGCUCAAGACUCCAUUUUUAUUUUUACUUUUGGUGGGGGCCUUAUGCACAUUAUCUCUUGAUGUGUUCGGUUUUGCCUUAGUUAUGUCUUUUUUAUUUAUAAAUGAUAAUACUACAUAUUAUUACAAAUCACUUAAUUUUUUUUUUCCUUUUUUGAGGCCUUUUUCCCAUUUUGGGACUCAUGUAUUUUGGGCAUCAUCAUAUUAUUUUUAUUUAUUUUGGCUAUCAUAUUCUGUAUCAGCUUUAGUUUGUAACACAGUUUAUAGUUUGAGAAAUGAAAUUGGAAGCUUUUAUAACUA